GUUUCAAUAGAAUGAAGUGUCGAUGAAACCAAAUCCUACUUUGCACCGUCUGCAUAUACUACUUUGCACAUUAUUUCAGGAUCUCCAAAUCCUAUUUUCUUCCUCCUUUUGUCUGACCACAAGCCUCAUUCAAGAUCAAACACUGCAUAACCUUUGUUUUCCAUUCAAAACUUCAUUCACUUGAGUAAAAUGUCUGCUGAAACUUUUUCAGCUCAGGUUGCUGGGGCUGCCUUUGUUGGCUUGAAGUCCAACUCAUCAAGUCUUUGCCAAAGUACAGCAUCUAUAACAUGGAAAAGGAAGAUUGCUUCCAACUCUUCUAAGACUUACUGCAUGAAGACAUGGAAUCCCAUCAACAACAAGAAGUUCGAAACACUGUCCUACCUGCCACCUCUUUCAGAUGAAUCCAUUGCAAAGGAGGUUGACUACAUGAUCAAAAAGGGAUGGAUUCCUUGCCUUGAAUUUGAUGAGUUGGGGCAUAUUUGUAGGGAAAACAGGCAUAUGCCAGGAUACUAUGAUGGGAGGUAUUGGACAUUGUGGAAGCUUCCAAUGUUUGGUUGCAGUGAUUCUAGUGAAGUUCUGAAGGAGAUCCAUGAAUGCAGAGAGGCAUAUCCAAAUGCGUAUAUACGUUGCUUAGCAUUUGACAACAAGCGUCACAUGCAGUCUAUGGCUUUUAUCAUACACAAACCUUCUACCACUUGACCCUUUUUUCUUCUCUUUCUCUUUCUAUCAUUCACUCGCUCUCUUAAAUGUAAUAUCAACUUUAUAAGUUUGCUCAUCAGACAGCUUGCAAUUGUUUCUUUGAAAUUAUAGUAGACACUCAAAUAUGGUUUGAAUCUUAA